UUUAUGCUUUGCAGCCUGUCAAUCAGAGGAAGCCGCUCUCAGUCUCUCCUCCCUAUCUCGCGAGAAGCGCUGCACCGAGUUGUCAAUCAGCCGGCGCCCGGUAGCAAGCGCUGGCUCCCUCCCUCCCUUUGCAAUCUCGAGUUGCAAUUUUUUCCAACAUGGCCUCGACUGGAACGUGUACCCGAUUCAGCGAUGAAUACCAGCUUUACGAGGAGCUCGGCAAAGGUGCUUUCUCAAUCGUCCGCAGAUGCGUGAAACUGUCAACAGGGCAAGAAUAUGCAGCGAAAAUCAUUAACACCAAAAAGCUGUCUGCUCGAGACCACCAGAAGUUAGAGAGGGAAGCUCGAAUUUGUCGGUUGUUGAAACACUCCAAUAUUGUUCGUCUCCAUGACAGCAUAUCGGAAGAAGGAUUUCACUACCUUGUGUUUGACUUGGUUACUGGAGGAGAGCUUUUUGAAGACAUUGUAGCCAGAGAAUAUUACAGUGAAGCAGAUGCAAGUCACUGUAUUCAUCAGAUUCUAGACAGUGUUAAUCAUAUUCACCAACAUGACAUAGUUCACAGGGACCUGAAGCCUGAAAAUUUACUCCUAGCCAGUAAAUGCAAAGGAGCUGCAGUGAAGCUCGCUGACUUCGGUUUGGCCAUCGAAGUUCAAGGGGAGCAACAAGCAUGGUUUGGUUUUGCAGGCACACCUGGCUACUUGUCUCCCGAAGUCCUUCGAAAAGAAGCCUACGGAAAGCCAGUAGAUAUCUGGGCAUGUGGAGUUAUUCUCUACAUCUUGCUUGUUGGCUACCCACCUUUCUGGGAUGAAGACCAGCACAAGCUCUAUCAACAGAUCAAGGCUGGUGCUUAUGAUUUUCCUUCCCCUGAAUGGGAUACAGUUACUCCAGAGGCCAAGAAUCUCAUCAACCAGAUGCUGACAAUUAACCCUGCCAAACGUAUUACUGCCACUGAAGCACUGAAACACCCCUGGGUCUGUCAACGAUCCACUGUUGCGUCUAUGAUGCACCGCCAAGAAACUGUGGAAUGUUUGAAGAAAUUCAAUGCCAGACGAAAACUCAAGGGUGCCAUCCUCACCACUAUGUUAGCAACACGAAACUUCUCAGUGGGCAGACAGACCACUGCGCCAGCUACAAUGACAGCUGCCGCCAGCGCGACUGUUGGUCUCGUUGAACAAGGUAGACGUGUGCGGGCGGACACUGCAGCCAAAAGUUUACUAAACAAGAAGGCCGAUGGAGUCAAGAGAAGCGUAACGUUAAUACAAAAUACAGCAACAAUCCCAUAUGGAAGCACAGAAAGAGUCAUAAAGAAAAGGAAGUCAAGUUCCAGUGUCCAAUUAAUGCCUCAGACAAACAGCACCAAAAACAACGUAGUAACCAGUCCUAAAGGAAACAUUCCCUGCCCUGCACUGGAACCACAAACUACUGUCAUCCAUAAUCCUGUGGAUGGGAUAAAGGAGUCUUCUGACAGCAGUAACACGACCAUCGAAGAUGAAGAUGUUAAAGCCAAGGGCGCUGAGAGCAGUGCUGUAAGGAACCAGUCAGGUGCUGGGCCUCAGGCCGAGGUGCUCCAGUCUGCUCACCCUCCGCCUCCUGUACUCUCUGCAAAGUUCACAGAUGUCCUUAACAGUGUGCGGAGAGGGUCAGGACCCUUUCCUGAACACGAGGGGCUCCCGACUCCUGCUGCACAGCCUAUGCUGCCUUCUCUCAUUUCCUCCUCUAUGCCCACUGCGAAAUUCAUAGAUGUUUUCAAGUGUGUGCCACGACAGUCUGCACCUUUUGCUGAAUCUGAGGGUGGCCAGUCUGUUCAGGUACCACCUCUCACUCCCUACAUCUCUAUCCCUUGUAUGGAUCGUGUAAGUGUUAAGAGUCAGCCCAAUGAUUACAGGAGAACCCUCAGCUCACCACCUCCAACUCAAUCUCGCAAGCAAGAAAUCAUCAAGUUAACUGAGCAGCUGAUUGAAGCCAUUAACAAUGGGGACUUUGAAGCUUAUGCGAAAAUAUGUGACCCAGGACUGACCUCAUUUGAACCCGAAGCUUUGGGUAACCUUGUUGAAGGAAUGGACUUCCACAGAUUUUACUUUGAGAAUUUGUUAUCCAAAAACAGCAAACCCAUCCACACAACUAUUUUGAAUCCUCACGUACAUCUGAUUGGAGACGAUGCUGCCUGCAUAGCAUACAUUCGCCUCACCCAGUAUAUAGACAUUCAGGGUAGGCCACGAACAACCCAGUCAGAGGAGACACGGGUCUGGCACCGUCGGGACAGCAAAUGGCAGAAUGUUCACUUCCACUGCUCGGGUUCUCCAGCAGCACCACUCCAGUGAAGGACUGAAGAAGUUGGCAGAGUUCUGGCCCAAGCAAACAUUCAAGCUGAGCCGCGACCUGGUGGCCUCUGAAGACCAGCAGUAACAUGCACGUGUCCGCAUGCACAUUAUGCUCCUGGUGGCUGCAUAAUUGUCACGUUCGUGGAACUAUAUGGUGUUUCUUUCAACUGUCUCAAGAUGUAGACAUUAACUUAAAAAAACAAAAAAAACUUACAAAAUCAAAAAUGGCUACUGUAUAUGUACUUUAUAUAAUUCACAUUUGAUGGCAGUGAUUUGUACAAUUCAUUCAAAACAUUUGCCAAAGCAUGAAGGGUAAAAUUUAAUGGUGAUCAUCCUAAUGUUGGAGGGUUAGUGUUCCAUUUUAUAUUUUCUUGUACACUAAAGAUGUGUCACUUAUUCUUUUGGGAACUUAGUUCUGACAUCCUCACACUUGACUCAGUGAAACUGUACAUGAGGCCCCAUCACAGCCACUCGUACCUCUGAUGAUAUUAAGGCAGAAGGCAGCCAAUCAAAUUAAGCAACCAACACAAUUCCAAAAAGGCAUCACAAGCAAUUUUUAAGAUGUGGAAAAUAUUAUUUCUGAAACAAUCUUCUGCCAUCAACAAAUUGUCACACAAGGUUGCUUCAAGUAUAUGAACAAACACAGCGACCUGAUUUUUCAUUUCUUACACUUUAUGUAUGCUGUAUUGGAGGAAGAAAGGUAGCUAUGUUCAUUGAUUUUUCCUCUGUUCCAUGUGAAAUGUAUUGGUUUGAUAGAACAACCUUCAAAGAAAAAGUCAAUUUAACAGGUACAUCACUUGAAAUAGCAGUAAUGUGAGAAAAUUGACAAGGCUCGGGCGAAUAACUCCCUGGUUCUGUUCUGUUGAAAAGUGAGUGAGUUAACUGUAGAAGUAGCCAGAUCUAAUUUGGUGUUCUUUACUGUUUUGUUAUACUGUGCUACCGACUCUAGGAUUUAAAGAAAAACCUGUUGCCAUCAGUUAAAAUUGUAUAUGCAUUUUUACAAAUGCACGUUAUAUAUUUAUAGCCGAUAAUUUUUGUGUUUAACUUGCCAUGGGUUCAGAUGAUGUACUGAGCUUUAUUGUUUUCAAAUUACAGUCUUGAAUGCGUGUAGUGAUACAAACUGAUGUCUGAGAUUAGCCUGCCUCGUAGGCCUCUCAGAAGGGCAUGAUCACUUUGUGGUUUCUUUGUUAAACUUGUGUAGAAAAUAGCUUAUUAAAAUAGCCAAAAAAAAGUUCUUUUGCAUGACAUAAUUAACCCUGUUGGUUUAAAAGAAAGUUGCCCGUAGAGCUAUACAUUUCUCUUACCUCUCCUUUCUGAGCUUUGUAACAGCAUAAAACCCUUUUUGUCUGCUGUGUGUAAUGAAAACCUGGUUUGCAUGCACUUGAUCAACUGCUUAACAAUUUUGUGCAGGGGCUGUGGAAACGCAUUGAGAGGACUCCUCUUAUCGUGUUUUAUGGAUGUUUUAAAUUAGACAGCUUAGGGAUCUUAAGUGUAAUGAGCUGUGUGUGGAUUUUUUUAAAAAUUUUUUUUACAAGGGCUGUGGAACCUAUGAAUUAAACAAAUGAGUUUUACCUCAUUUAAUGCCUCGCGUGGCUUGAAGUGUGGAAGUGCUGAUUUUGCUGGAGAUAUUUUUACGGUUGAAAAUGAUGGACUAUAUUUGCUUUUUACACAGCAACUUGCCUGAAUAUGAAAUGUGAUUUUUUUUUAAUUAUUCAAGUUCUCUGCAGCUGAAAUUGUCAGGUCUGGUUUAUAUGAGGACAAAAAAAACAAUAUGUUACAGGAUGUGGUCUAUGUGUUCCUCUUACCAUUUAAAAUUGUUGAUAUGUCAGAAAUAAACUUGACAAUAUGAA